AUGGCGAUACCGAGACGUCUUGUUCUUCUUCUUACGGCGACGUUCCUACUUCUGCUAGUCGCAAUGUUAUUGGCAACGGCAAUCGAGAUACGCGCACCACCACCCAAGAUGAUGGCAGUUUCACUCGCGCAAGCAGCAAAAUAUGGCGAAUCCGAGCGCGAGAUCGCAGCCAAAGCGCUGCUGAACGGUACUGACUUCAAUCGCGACAACAUUUCGAACGGGACUACCGUCGCACCUGCAAUCUACACACCUACGAUGACUCAGACCGACGAAGGCCUGAUUGGGGCCCAGGAGACGCGAGCGCCAACCUCGAGUGCAGACGAAGGAUACAUCGAGCCAGAGCCAACGUCGCGUCCAGUUGCGCAGCCCACGCCGCAACCUGAUGCGCAGAUUCCGAUCCUCGCUCUUUCAUAUUCUGGCUCUGGCGGCCCCAAACACUGCCGUGGAAGCCUUCUGCAGAAAAUGUCUUUCGAGCGCCCAGCAGCACAGUGGAAGACUGGGUCUUGCAUCAAUCUUCCCAGCGAUGCGCGCUGCGGUGUCUUCUAUUCCGAGAAGGGCGACAACUGCGAAGCGCAGCUGUUCAACGAGGCGGACUGCCACAACACAACGAUGACGUAUGUGAACACGGUAGUUUUCAUGCCGGAAGAGCGACCUGUCGGCGCGCUGUGGCGGAGCAUGUUUGUGAAGUGCGGUGUCAAAGUCCCGGAGGCUCAGAUGCUGGAUCCUACUAUCCUUGGUGGGGCGCUGGGGCCGAAGAAGCCUCCUGUACAGUAG